GCAUCCUUGAUUUUCAGAUAGAAGCUCUCUCUGGGUACAUUCAAAGGGCCAUCAAGAAAUGGGGACCUGGAUUUUCUUUGCCUGCCUUUUGGGAGCAUCCCUUGCUAUGCCUCUACCACCUCAUCCUGGGCACCCUGGUUAUAUCAACUUCAGCUAUGAGGUGCUUACCCCUCUGAAGUGGUACCAGAACAUGAUAAGACAUCCGUACACUUCCUAUGGUUACGAACCCAUGGGUGGAUGGCUGCACCACCAAAUCAUUCCCGUGGUGUCGCAGCAGACUCCCCAGAGUCAUGCCCUUCAGCCUCAUCACCACAUCCCCAUGGUGCCAGCUCAACAGCCCGGGAUCCCCCAGCAGCCAAUGAUGCCACUUCCUGGCCAACACUCCAUGACUCCAACCCAACACCACCAGCCAAACCUCCCUCUGCCCGCCCAGCAGCCCUUCCAGCCCCAGCCCGUCCAGCCCCAGCCUCACCAGCCCCUGCAGCCCCAGUCACCCAUGCACCCCAUCCAGCCCUUGCUGCCACAGCCACCUCUGCCUCCGAUGUUCUCCAUGCAGUCUCUGCUUCCUGACCUGCCUCUGGAAGCUUGGCCAGCAACAGACAAGACCAAGCGGGAGGAAGUGGAUUAAAAUGAGAAAACUAAAUUAGACAUUUCAGUUGCUUUUAGAAAUGACACAAGAAUAAAAUGAUUUGUUCCUAUGAUCAAUUGACCAGUACAUUCUGUAACUAAAAAUAAGUACUAUUAGAAGCCAAUAAAAUGUUUUAAACAUU